CAUCACCAGGUGAUAUAAACAACUUGUUACCAUAGAUUAUAUCAACAAAACAUCAUUUCUUUGCAAGUUUCUGCUCUGGCUAGACAUAAAAGCAAAAAGUAUGGCGAAAAUGACGACUUUGUUUGUUUUAGUGAAUGUUUGUAUAGCACUCAUUGCUUACAGGAGUUCUACAUAUCUUCAGACAGAUAACAUCAGUAUGGACUGUGUGUUGAACAAGGUUAAAUCCACUUCUUAUGGUGCCUUAGAUGUCAUCAAGACGACCUCAACUGCCCAAGCAAAAUCAACGCAGAUCUGGCUGACCACAUCUAAAGAUAACAUCAUUGUAUUGACCAGAGACUGCACAUUUGCUACCCGUGAUUGGUUGAAUAGCACAAUCGGCAAUGUCAUUGAUUGGUUGAAUAGCAUGAUGGGCAAUGUCAUCGAUUGGUUAAAUAGCACAAUUGGCAAUGUCAUUGAUACCACACAUGAAUCUAUCUCAACUGUAAAUGACUGGGUGAAUGAACAUAUUGAUGAUAUAGCAGAAUCUGACUUUGGAAUCUGGUUUAUGAAAAAUGAUCCCUUUAAAGGACGAGACACAAUUGAAAGAUGCAUUAUCCAUCUGUUAGGCAUAUUGGCAAUCAUAGCAUGCUUCAUCAAAGUCCUCAUCGUGGAAACAGCAAGACUGAGAUACAUCCCUCCAAAAGCAGAUGACUACCAAGCGUACUGUCGUCACAUUGAAGCACUGCUAUCUGAGAAUGAUAAACCAGCUAAAGAAAUGCGAGUGAUCCCAAAACACGGCUUAAAUAAGAACCAACGACGUGGAAUCAUAGAUUUAUCAAACAAACACCUGGCAAAUGUUGUUCUAAGACGUCAGGAGAAAGAACGGGAACUUAAGAAAAAGAGAAAAUCUAAAUCUCUAACCAGUGUUCUAUCUGUUAUUUGUGGACUGUAAAUUCAUAACACUUAGUAUAAUUCAUCUUUCUUCAUUACUAUUAUGCAUGUCAUUACUGUUGUUCAAUAAAUAUAAUAUAAUUCAUUCAUCAAUUAAAA